AUAAUGCCGGAUCAUAACCUAAAACUGUCAAUAACAUAACAUCAGUGCUCGUGGUUUACUAUAUGUGAAAAGUGAAAAAAUUUAUUUACAAUUUUAUAUAUUUAUUAAAAAAUGACAUUUAUAUUGAGAAGAAGUUCUCCAUACGUGUUGGCAUUGUUUCCAUUUGGUGCCAAUGCCCAUGAUAGACCAACUGAUGGCACUUUUGUAGAAAAACCAAAAACAACUAGUAUAGAACGAUUAAAAAAUAUAUUUUAUGAAGAUGAAUUUGGAAACUUUUCUGCGGAACUUCAGUAUUGUAUACAUUUAACUUCAAUGGGAUUUAUUAUUGGAGGCUUUUACGGCGGUAUAAUUAGAGGAAAAACUGCUUUUGUCAAAUUUAUCGAUAACAAUGAAGCAACAAUGUUCCUUAAUCAUAUGGAUGCAAAACGAAGAUUACAGGAUACAAUGGCAUAUAAUGUUUUUAAAGGUGUUGCUCAAUGGGGUUGGAGAACUGCUUUAUUCACUUUAAUUUAUGGAAUAACUUCAACAUCGGUAGCAAUUAUUCGUGAAAAAUCUGGCAUACUUGAACAUACAGAUGGUGGAUUUGUAGCCGGAGCAAUUUAUAAUAUUAAAAAUGGUAUUCGAGGAGUCAUUGUCGGUGGAGGAUUAGGAGGUGUUUUAGGAACAAUUUUUGGAACCAUAACUUAUGUGAUUUUACUUUUAUCAGGAAAAACAAUGGAAGAUAUUCGACUUUAUACCCGGGAAUGGAAAACAGAAAGAGAAGAACUUAUAGGAGAAAGUGAUAGAAAAAGACGAUUAAAGAAAGACGAAGAAGAAAUUAUGAAAGCAGCCGAUGUUUUAAUUGAAAAGGAAGUAAGUUGAAAUAUAUUGUAAAUAAAUAUUUGAUAUCUGUAAGUAUACAAAAAAAAAAACAUUAUAAAAAAUAAAACUACAGUAGAUUAUAAUUAAUCACAAUUUAUUGAUUGUAA